UAAAUUUGAGAGUAGCAGGAAAUUCGAGAGAGAGGCAAAAAAAAAGAAUUAAAGAUUUUUUUUAGUUGCUACUCGAGACACACGAUCUCAUUCUUUAAUUAACUUUAGAAGAUUUCAAAAGAAAUAUUUGUGCUGUGAAAGUUAUAAAGAGAGAAAUAACAAAAACAAAAGAUGUUAAAGUCGAAAUUAUAUUAUCAUAAAGUUCGUAAAAUGGAUGACGAUGUUGAGACAUCUACGAGCAGUACCAUGUCAAGUUUGAAUAGCCUCUUCUCAUUUACAAGUCCGGCAGUGAAGAAGCUACUGGGAUGGAAACAGGGCGAUGAGGAAGAGAAAUGGGCUGAGAAGGCUGUCGAUAGCUUAGUAAAGAAGCUUAAGAAACGGAAAGGAGCCAUUGAGGAGCUUGAAAGAGCACUUUCGUGUCCAGGACAGCCAUCAAAAUGUGUCACAAUUCCACGAUCAUUAGACGGACGUUUACAGGUAUCACAUCGAAAAGGCUUGCCACAUGUCAUUUAUUGUCGUGUAUGGCGUUGGCCUGAUCUCCAAAGUCAUCAUGAAUUAAAGCCAAUAGAAUCAUGUCAGUUUCCAUUUAGUGCAAAACAAAAAGAAGUUUGCAUAAAUCCUUAUCAUUAUAAGCGUGUCGAAAGUCCUGUUUUACCACCGGUUUUGGUUCCACGUCAUUCUGAAUUUGCACCAGGACACUCACUAUUGCCAAUGCAUCAAAUGAUUGAACCAACAAUGCCACAUAAUGUCCAGUAUUCAGCGUCUGGCUUCGGAUCGCCACAUAUGGGUGGUCCACAAAGUCCUCUAUCGCCCCAUAAUAUGGCACCACAAUCUCCAAUGUCUUCAAUUUCCAGUCCGGGACCUGUAAAUUCAAAUCCUCAAAGUCCCUAUUUAGCAGAGACUCCACCGCCUGCGUAUAGUCCGCCGGAAGACAAUGGAAAUAAUAACGGUAAUCAGGAUCAACCAAUGGAUACAAAUAUGAGUGAAGUUGCACCAGUAAGUUAUCAAGAGCCACCAUAUUGGGCCAGUAUUGCAUAUUAUGAAUUAAAUUGUCGCGUCGGAGAAGUCUUUCAUUGUAACUCAACGUCAAUCAUUGUCGAUGGCUUUACAAAUCCGAGCAACAAUUCCGAUCGCUUCUGUUUGGGACAAUUGAGUAAUGUGAAUCGAAACAGUACGAUUGAGAAUACUCGACGACAUAUAGGCAAAGGUGUACAUCUCUACUACGUCGGCGGUGAAGUAUAUGCCGAAUGUUUAUCAGACUCAGCUAUUUUCGUUCAAUCAAGAAAUUGUAAUCAUCAUCAUGGCUUUCAUCCAAGUACCGUUUGUAAAAUUCCACCUGGAUGCUCAUUGAAAAUAUUUAAUAAUCAGGAAUUCGCGCAGCUAUUGUCACAAUCAGUCAAUCAUGGCUUUGAAGCUGUCUAUGAGUUGACAAAAAUGUGUACAAUCCGAAUGAGUUUUGUGAAAGGAUGGGGAGCUGAAUAUCAUCGUCAAGAUGUCACAUCAACACCGUGUUGGAUUGAGAUUCAUCUGCACGGUCCACUUCAAUGGCUUGAUAAGGUUCUCAUUCAAAUGGGCUCACCACAUAAUGCUAUUAGUUCAGUUUCAUAAAAAUGUUCUCGAAAUUAAUUUCUAAUUAGUUUGUAAUCGAAAAAAAAACACAAAGUUUUGUGUCCUGAAUGGUGCGAGGAUGGGAAGCUAGACAAAGCAACUCGAAAUUAUGCAGUAUUGAUCAGCUACUGACUUUCAUGCUUCGUAAACAUUCAGGAUACAAAAAGAAACAUUUAAAUCCAAUUGUAAGAUAUAAAAAUGAGAAUCCUGGUUUGGUCCAGUCAGUGAAAUUAAAAUGAAGAAAUUAUUUAGAUGCCCAACUUUAAUUUUGGAUGUUUAGCAUGUAAGAGAUGGAAAAGACAUUUUCUGCACAAUUUUAUUUCUUGCUUCUAAAAAAUUGAGAUUUAAACUGAAACAAUCUUUUUGAUUUGCCUUUCACAUUUGCACUUGUUUAAUUUUGAGCAAACUUCCGCGUGGAGGUUGAAAAAAAAAAUUAUAAUCUUUACUUUUGUUCUUCCAAAAUUCAAAUUUAGCCUUUUGGUGCUUGAUUUUUAUUAAACCUUUUCUUGACACAAAAUGUGACUUUUUUAUUAAAAUUUUUUUUAUAUUGAUUGAAAUUUUUAUGAAAUGAAAAUUGAAAUUUUUUUAUAAAUAAAAUGUGCAUUUGCAAUGGAAGUUGACUUCUGAUGGAUUAAAGGGGGUUGUGAUGAAUGUUUGGAAUUAAGCUAAUUGGUGAUUUUAAGUGAGAAUAUAGAUUGAGUUGGGUUUAUUCGAAUCUAUUUGUAUGAAUUGUCUACUAUUUGCCUUUAUAAGCAUAGUAAUUUAACAAAACCUAGCUGCUGAACUGCUUGGUGGCAUAUGUCAUCAAUAUAUUAAGCUCCAUGAUUGUUGUCAUCAUUUUAGGCUAGUUUGCAGUUAUUUUAAGAUUCCUACAGACCUUUAAGAUUUGAAACUUGACGCUUCAUAAGUCCAUAUAUCUUAUAUGGUUAAGUUUAAGUUUAAUUUAAUGAAAAUCGAACUCACGUUCUCAAUAAAGUAAUAUUCGCACAUUAAGAUGCCUCUGUCAUUCAUUUUAAAGUGAUCUAGGGGCUCCUGUACGUAUGGACGGGCUGGACCUCCUUAAAAGUUUUGAACCGCAGCAACAGUGUGGUUCAAAAUUUAAAGGCUGAUCCAGACCCUCCUGGCUAAGUUUCUGAAGUGACUCCUAUGAGGCGCAGGGACCCAUUUAUAGCAUUUGAUCUAUAGUCAAUAAAAUUAUAUUCCACACAACCCACACCCUUUAAUUCCAAUAAAAAUUCAAAAGAAAUUAAAACAAAAUUUGAUUUAUAUUUUAGUUCAAAUGAGAAAAGAAAUUCUUUUAUAUAAAAAAUGUUUUUUUUUAUAAAUUUUAAGACAAAAUGAGAGAAAAAAUUUAAAAUUUUUAUCGAGAAACUCUAAAAAAAUUCUAUGAAAAAAAUUGUUUCUAGAGGAUAAGAAGCUUGACUUAAUCCUUCAAUCAUUACAAUAAUUUUUUUCAACUUAGGCAUACGUAAAAUAAAAUAUGAUAAAAAAAUUAUGAAUUUGAUGGUUUUGAUCUCGACGAAUAAAAUUUAAAUAAAUAUUUUUAAAACAAAUGUGCAGUUAAAUAAUUUAAGGAAUGACAAAAUGAAGUGAAAAAAACUCAGUAUACAAUUUUUAUUAAAAUUUUUUUUUCUUUAUAAAACUUCUUCUUUAUUUCAAUAUACGAUGAUGCUUAAUUUAAUGUUAAUUUUUUUGCCAUAAUAAAGCUUCUCAGCUAAGUGACUUUGAAUGCCUUGAAAAACUUUAUUUUUAAAAUGAAAUUUGUAAAAAAAAAAUAAAAGAAAAACAUGUAAAGUGCAAUUGAUAACAGAGAUAUAAUUGAUGUCUUAUUAAUGCCAUAACGAUUCCUAUAUUGAUAAAAAAAAAUAUAUUUUGCAAAAAAUUAAUGCGCCUUCAAUUUUACACACACCGAAAAGAAAUUACUUUUUGUCUUUUGCAAAUUGGAAAAUUUGAAUAUAAAUGAAAAUGAUGAGAAUAUAUAUAUGAAAUGAAGAUUAGAAUAACAAACCUCCUUUUUUUUCUUCGAAGAUAUAUAAAUAAAUUUUUGUCUUAAGCAUCUAAUAGGUUUAAGAUAGAAAACAUUUUUUUUGUCGAUACUUACUUAAAAAUCUAUAUUGAAUCAAUAAAAAUGGAUUUGAAAAAUUGUAAACAUUUUUUUGAAAUAAUUUUUUGAAGAUUUAAAAUUAAUAAUUUCAGGACUGAUGUCAAAUUAUUGGUAUAAAAAAGGGUGUCUGGUCAGGUUUGGCCAUACGUUCCUAGCCCAACAAGCUUGCAAUUUGAUUUGGAAUAUUUUUUAAAGAAUUGAAAAUUCUGAACUCCAUCUUUCAAUAGCAGGUCCAACCCAAGGUUACGAUUCAGGCACUGUGAUGUCUGAAAUGAU